UUUCAAUAUGAGGGUAGGGUACAUAAUGAUACAUAAUGAAUGUCUGAAAUAUCAGAUAACUUUAAUAAGUUUAAUUUCUCAAACACUUAUCAUAUAUAGCAGCCCUGAAACUACCGCACAUUCCGAGGCGCCAAAGAACCGUUGCAUUUUCGUGCAUGUGUAUAUGUUUGUGUGUGUGCACAGUAUUUUGUCCAAUAAAACUUUUAUUUAAUUUAAUUUCAUGUCAUGUCUAUUUUUACUGGCCCAAACAUGUGGUCGUUCGAUGAGGACAAGUGUCACAUCUGCAAGCGCGUAUUUUGUUGCGGUAAAUGCCGCAAUAAGCAUCAGUUCAACACCCACGCCAUUGCAGUGAGCGAGCCCCUCGCUGUGGCUAGUGCUGUCGGCAUAGUCGAACAUAAAAUCGAAAUGGAGUCGGGACGGACCACCAUCUACGUGUUCUGUCCCAUAUGCGAGCGGAAGCCCCUUGUGCUGUGUGCGGAAAUCUAUGCGGAGCUAUUGGCGCACAUCGAGACCGCCCACCUGCCGCUGCGGUGCCGCAAGUGCUUACGCAACUACACGAGGAUCGACGAUCUGCGAGAGUUUAGCAAGUGCGUGGACAUGCGACAGGACUGCAGUGGCAGCAGCAGCGAUCUGACAUCCAAUUCGGAAACAUCCAAGGUGACUAUAAAGCAGGCGCUGGCCAUGGUCCCCGCUUCGAAUGCGCCAAUGUGCACCAGCACCAUUUCCACCCAGACCUCGCCGGGUGUGACGCCCAUUUCGCUGAUCAAUAUGCGCUGGAAGGCCAAGAGUCGUGUCACCCACGAGGAGAUGAUAAGCGAUAGUGUCUCCUCCAUCAGGAAUAUUUCAUCCAUCAGUAAUGGCUCGAUUAGGCGCAGCAUCGGUCAGCUGACCAGCCUGCAUGAAACCGUUGAAAAGGGCAAGGUAAUUCGUUCCACUUCGACGCCCGUCCAGCUGGAGUCGAUGUUUGCCAAGCCCAAGGAGCCGCUCACCUUCAAUGCCUCCAACGGGGGACAUGUGUCGAGCAUCUAUCAGGAGGAGCAAAGCCCGGCCCCUGAUGCCAAUCCAAUCCAGCAGCAGCAUCAGCAGCAGCAGCUGCAGCAGCAGCGUCCCUGGAAAGUGGGAGCUCGCAGCAAGAUGACCGCCGUGACCCCCCUGCGUCAGGUCAUGUCCAAGAGCAUUCAGAAAGCCUUUGUCGAGCAUGGGGCAAUGCUUGUUCCUCCCCCCACUGGUCUCAUGCAGCGGCGCGUUCGUCUCGAUCUCAGCGAUAACAAUAACCACUCGGCCGAUGGGGCAGCAGCUGGAUCAUCUGCGCUCGACCUGCGCCUUUCGCCCGUCGUUCGACGAACUCAAAGUGAGAGCUCCUCAUCGGAAGUGAGUUCCUUGUUGCAUCCCCAUGAUCUCUACCAGCGACAAUUCAUGCUCUCGGCCCAGAAACUGACCACAGAGUCGAUUAUCAUUACCAGGACCAUGCCCUCAAGCAUGGGGGAGAGUCACGGGUCCACCGUUUACAAUUCCUGCGAGAGUGUGGAGAUCAUCCGAUCCACCUCGGAGUCGGCGGAGCUACAUGUGCCGCCCAUUACACCGAUAACCAGAGUUUCUGGCGCUUCCAUUAACAAGAAGCAGAUUAAGUUUGAGACACCGCACAAGAGCCAGGAAGCAGCCUCCCAGAGCGGGGAGGAGGAGAGCAAGGAUACAUUCUACACACCGAAUACGGGCACACCGGAGCGUCCAGAGCGGCGCCUACAGUCGAUUGUGCCGCGCCAGAUAAGCGGUGAGUUCUCCCCCGCCAUCAAGAAGGAGAAGUCUGUGUCAUUCAUGCAUCGUGCGUUAUCGCCACCGGAACGUCCCAGAGCUCGUCCGCCGCUGCGCGAGUGCCACAAGCUGAAAACCUUCAGUGGGGUCCAGGACCUGCCAGUGGGUCAAAGUCCUGAGGAAGAUGAAGAUGAGGUUUUUUUGCCCACCAAUGCCUCCACACGUAAAGAUAAGAAGCGGGAUCAGGGCACUGGGCGUCUCUGGUCCAUAAUGAGCACCAUGAUGCGUCUGCCGGCCAAAUUGCGGGGCGACAAGAACGACAAAGAGAACAAGGAGAACAAUGGAUCAUCUGGCUCCCUGAUCAAACGUUGCGCCUCGAUAGCAGGCUCUCUUGUGCGCACCUCGACCCGGGAUGCGGAUGAUGUGCAGCCCCUGAAGCGGAAGCGCACUCAGACACUAGAUAAUCCGUACUGUAAUUCCAUGUCGCCGUCCAGUUCGUCGAAGCGGUAUCGCAUCCGGCCCAGGGAACCGAUUGAGCGGAUGCGACAGACCUAGCCAAUAGUUUUAUGUAUUGUAUUUCAUGUUUUUUUUUUAUAUUCAAUUAAAAGUCUUGUGUUUUUGCAUAUUCCGUUAUCCUGGCAGAGUUGCAUAAGGCGCAGCGUUGCCAUACAGCCAUACAUACACUGAUAUCCCAGCGCUGGCACAAGUCCAGGUACAGUUAAUUUAAAUAAACCGAAACAUUUGCAACGAA